AUGAUAUUGUUCUAUUUGGGGCUUGAGGCUGUUGUCGAUCUGCUUCUUGAGAAGGGUGUAGACUUUAAGACGAAGGAUAUAAGAUAUGGCUGUAUACCACUAUUAUGGGCUAUAGAGAAUGGACAUGAAGCUAUUAUUAAUCUACUUCUUGAUAAGGGUGUGGACUUUGAGAUAAAGGGUGAAUUUGAGAAUAGAUAUAAAGCUAUUGUUAGUUUACUUAUUGAGAAGGGUGUGGACUUUGAAGUAAAGGAUAAUAGUAGCUGGAUACUACUGUUAUGGGUUGUAAAGUAUGGACACGAAGCUAUUGUCAAUCUGCUUCUUGAGAAGGGUGCGGACUUUGAGACGAAGGAUAAAUUUAGCCGGGUACUACUGUUAUACACUACAGGGAAUGGAUAUAAAGCUAUUGUCAAUCUGCUCCUUGAGAAAGGUAUAGACUUUGAGACGAAAGACGAAUCUGGCAAGACGCCACUGUCAUAUACUACGGAGAAUGAAUAUGAAGCUAUUGUUAAUCUACUUACUGAGAAGGGUGCGGAACCUUUGAUAAAGGAUACAGAAUAUACCCUGAUUAAAUGUUGUUUAGAAUAG